CCCGCCCCUGCCCCGCCCUCAAUCCUUUCCCCUCAACUCGAACUUUCUCAAGUCACUAGAGGUCGCACUUCAACAUGGCGGCGCCCAUCAGCCGAAAUUUGGCGAGAAAAGUGGGAAUUGUUUCGAACCGUUUUCUUUAUUUAUUGCCCCUGUCAACGAGAUGUUUUCUCCCUGAACUCAAUAGGAGAGUUCUUCUGUUUCAUCGGAUGUAUUCCAGUGAUCAAAGGGUCAAGCUUCCUAAGAUUUAUACAAGAACUGGAGACAAAGGAACAUCUGUGACCAUUGCUGGUGAUCGUCGGCCUAAAAGUGAUGAGAUUUUCGAGGCGCUGGGAGCCAAUGAUGAACUUUCCUCAUCCAUUGGGCUCGCCAGGGAGUUUGUGAGAGAUGCCAAGCUACCGUUUGACCAACAGCUGGAGGAGAUCCAGUGUCUCCUGCAAGAUGCUGGUUCCAACAUAGCCACGCCCAGAAGCCUGGCAUCAGCCAAUCAGCUGGAUCUGACAGCAUUCAGCGGAGAGUGCGUGGACACACUUGAAAGUUGGAUUGACGAGUACACAAAUCAGCUAACGCCACUGAAAAACUUCAUCCUGCCCUCUGGUGGUAAGGCAAGUGCAUCACUGCAUGUUGCAAGAUCCACGUGUCGAAGGGCAGAAAGAAGGAUUACUCCAUUGGUGACAAAGAAUGAAAUUGAUCCAAAUGUUGGGAAAUUUCUAAACAGGUUGAGCGAUUAUUUGUUCACACUGGCCAGGUACGCCGCACAAUGCGAAGGUAAGCCCGAGACCAUAUAUAGAAAAGUGCGACCACGUGAACGCAAAAAAUGAUUUGGCCAGCAUACGGUGAAGUCACCCAUGCAUCAUGCCUUGGUGAUGACAGUGUUGACCUCAACCGCUGGCACAUCUUUGAGAGAGCCAAGGACUAUUCAACCCCUACAAGUCUCUGUCUGACUCCGCCCCCCAGUUCUUCUGUGGACGAGUCUUCAUCAAUACAGACAACCCAUGUUGUUGGAAAAAAUUUUGUUCGUUUUGGUAAACGGAAGGAAAAAAGUCCUCCAAGUUUUUGUUUUAGGUAAGCAACAUGUUCAGUGUUUGAGGGGACUUUUUUUACCUCUUCCGAAAUAAAACUUUUUCCAGGAAAAGGUUCACAUGAGUUCAUUCUAAUUUAAUGCCGAAUACCGCAAUAGUUUGAACUUCUAUUCUUCUCAAACACAGACAGCACGAAAUAUGGACAAAGGAAAAGUUUCGACUGAAUAAAUCUCCCACGUUUUAUUCCCUCCAAAAUAUAAACCUGUCAAGUACGAAAGAUAGACAAUUCUUAGUGCAGCCAAAUUUCAAACAUCUCUGAAAUGCUUCAGUAUUUUCCAACACACAUACACACACAAGCCUGACCUGUUUCAAAAAAUACAAUACUUAAAAACUGUGUUAAAAACUACCGUCAUUUCAAGUGUAAUAAAACGAUUUGCCUAUAAAACACCCUGAAAAUGUCACAAAUGCCGUUCCAGUAUAUCUGUUAACCUUUUCAUACACGUGUACAUAUAUCUAGCCAGUAUUGCGGAAAGUCCAUAACUUUAAAAGACAGAUGAUGCGGCCCUGGACUAAAUGCCGCUGACGACUCUCAGAUAGAGGUUUAAGUAAUGGUUAGUGCUACAUUGUUCUUUUUAACCCUGAUGUGGGGUCACACCAAUUCAUGUCUCGCACUCUUGUGCAUUUAAACAGCAUGUGUUGGCCUUCCCUGUGUUUAGGGGAAGGUUUGGACCAAGUUAGGGGGACAUCAGGUUGUCCCCCUAACCUUUUUGGUCACCAUAACAUCUGUAUUUCAACGCGUACGCUGUCGCCGUAAGCCGGUAACAAGCAUGGAUGGCCCUGCAUGAGACCCAGGCAAGCAUCAUCCCCAUGAGCAAGAAAUGAAAUCAUACAGUCUGCCUACUGGUCAUAUGCUACGCUGGUUUACAAAAUUGUACAGUCACAAACAGACUUCCGUCAGGAAAAAAACCUGGUAAACUACAUUGUUUUUUAUGGCAAAAAGCGAAGGCAAAACAUUGAUUUAAUAAACUGAUUCAAGAAAUUGGCAAACCUGCCAUACCUGUCAGCUGCCAUAAA